AUUGUGAAAUCCAAAAGACACCACACCAAAACAUUUUACUGCAGUAUUUUCCUUUCAACGGGCAUCACCAGACUUCUGAUUGAUGGCAAAAAGUGGUAAUUUUGGGUUGAUGUCACUCCAAUCAACGUGAAUCAUUACUGUCAUAACACAACUCGGUUUUGAGAAUACAAAAUAAAUAAAAUAUCUCAAUAAAAAUGUCUUCAAUGCGUAUGAAGGCAGCUAAAUGCCCCUCUGAUGAGCUGGCAAUUACAAACUGUGCUCUUGUGAAUCCUGAUGAUUUUCCGAGUGAUGUAAAGCAUAUCGAGAUUUCAACAGGUCCAUCUCAGCACUUUGUAUUUAGUGUCAGAUUCUACAGUGGGGUGGACCGCGGUACUGUAGGAUUUUCCGCUCCCCAACGUAAAUGGGCUACACUCUCCAUUGGGCAGACAAUUGAAGUGAGGCCCUUCAAGCCACAAAAUGCAGAAUGUCUCUGCAGUGUUACACUUGAAGCUGACUUCAUGCUUAAAAAAACGACCUCAAUGGAGCCCUAUGAUUCAGAGCAAAUGGCACGAGACUUCCUCAUUCAGUUUUCCAACCAAAUAUUCACUGUUGGCCAACAAUUGGCAUUUUCCUUCCAGGAGAAGAAAGUUUUGUCUUUAAUUGUCAAGAACUUGGAAGCGGUUGAUGUACAAGCAUUAGCAUCUGGGGCAAAUGCGGUGCCGCGUCGCGUUAAGCUUGGACGGCUUUUGCCUGACGCUUGCAUCCAGUUCGAUAAGGCUGAGAACUCUUCGCUCAACCUUGUCGGCAAGGCUAAAGGGAAGCAACCGCGUCAAUCCAUCAUCAACCCAGACUGGGAUUUCGGAAAGAUGGGAAUCGGUGGUCUGGACAAUGAGUUCAAUGCUAUAUUCCGUCGUGCCUUCGCAUCCCGUGUCUUCCCACCGGAAGUCGUUGAGCAGCUAGGAUGCAAGCACGUAAAGGGUAUCCUGCUCUUCGGCCCACCCGGUACCGGUAAGACCCUAAUGGCACGGCAAAUUGGCAAAAUGUUGAACGCGCGUGAACCGAAAAUUGUGAACGGCCCGCAAAUAUUGGACAAAUAUGUCGGUGAGAGUGAGGCCAACAUCCGGAGACUGUUCGCUGACGCCGAAGAAGAAGAAAAGAGGUGCGGACCCAACAGUGGACUUCAUAUUAUAAUCUUCGACGAAAUCGAUGCUAUUUGCAAAGCGAGAGGCUCCGUUGGGGGCAACACCGGCGUUCACGACACCGUUGUUAACCAACUGCUGUCAAAGAUCGAUGGUGUGGACCAACUGAACAAUAUCCUCGUUAUCGGUAUGACGAACAGACGGGACAUGAUCGACGAGGCGCUGCUCCGACCGGGAAGGUUAGAGGUCCAGAUGGAGAUCGGUUUGCCGGACGAGAAGGGUAGGGUGCAAAUCCUGAGCAUUCAUACCAAACGUAUGAGGGAGUAUAAGAAAAUCUCGGAAGAUGUCGAUUGCAAGGAACUGGCGGCGCUCACCAAGAACUUCUCCGGGGCGGAGCUCGAGGGUCUGGUGCGCGCGGCGCAGUCGACCGCCAUGAACAGGCUGAUCAAAGCGUCCAGCAAGGUGGAGGUGGACCCGGAGGCGAUGGAGAAGCUGAUGGUGGAACGGACCGAUUUCUUGCACGCCUUGGAGAAUGAUAUUAAGCCGGCGUUCGGUACAGCAGCGGAAGCAUUGGAACAUUUCCUCGCUCGCGGCAUCAUCAAUUGGGGCUCACCCGUUUCGUCGGUACUUGAAGACGGACAACUGUACACACAGCAGGCUAGGGCUACUGAAGCUAGUGGGCUAGUAUCAGUGCUACUAGAAGGGCCACCCAACAGCGGUAAGACGGCCCUGGCGGCGCAACUCGCCAAGAUGUCUGACUUCCCGUUUGUGAAGGUGUGCUCGCCUGAAGACAUGGUUGGCUUCACCGAAUCCGCUAAGUGCCUGCAAAUAAGGAAGUACUUCGACGACGCGUACCGCUCGAGCUUGUCCUGUAUACUCGUGGACAACAUCGAGCGUCUGUUGGACUAUGGGCCCAUCGGCCCGCGGUACUCCAACCUGACACUGCAGGCACUCCUGGUGCUGCUGAAGAAGGAACCGCCCAAGGGCAGGAAACUGCUCAUCCUGUGCACUAGCAGUAGACGGCAAGUGCUGGAAGACAUGGAGGUGCUGUCCGCGUUCACGGGCGUGCUGCACGUGCCGAGCCUCUCGCAGCCGGAGCACGUGCUCGCCGUGCUCGAGCAGAGCGACGCGUUCUCGCGCCGCGACCUCGCCAAGAUACAGCACGAGCUGCGCGGCGCCAAAAUUUUCAUUGGCAUCAAGAAACUGUUGGCUCUGGUGGACAUGGUGAAACAGACGGACGAAGAGUCGCGUGUGAUAAAAUUCCUCACAAAGAUGCAAGAAGAGGGUGGGCUCGAUCUCGGCACAACCAUACACUAAGAUUCGCUGCAACCUUAGGGACUACAUUCGCAUACCACGCGCACGCCCUCACCGCAACAUCCCAAUGCACUUAUUUAUUCAUUAAAAGCUAGAUCUACCGAAUGUUCGCCUUGCGCCUCAGAUCUCAGAAGCUUCGAAAUCGACUAUGACGAUACUAGCGAGUGCACAGAAUCGUUAGCUGACUCUAGUCUCAAUAUAAAAGUCAGAACAGCGAAAGGCAACGAAGUGUCACCGGCCAAAAUGCCCCUCAUGAGGAUACGGAGCGUCGAAAUCGUGUUCGAAGAUGAUCUCUCGACUUGCACCGACACCGGCUUGUUGGACAGAAGCAUCGAGCUUCUCGUGUCCGACAGUGACGAUUCCACUAAAUGCGUGGAUGACUUGGAACAUUUGCACGUUGUUAAAGAUGAAAACGAAGAUUCUGUCACCCUUAACGCAGACGUCGAUCUGUCUGAUGAUGAUUCUAUAACAGUUACCAAGGACAAUAUAUUGAAUGUUGGUAAAAUUGAAGCCAAAGUUGCGAAUAAUGUGCCAAUGGAUUCACUCACAGUAGCUGAUGACACUCUGUCUCUGAAUAUUUCGGAAUUGGGCGAUUCUGGAAGAUUCACAGAAGACGCGUGUUCGUCUCGCGCCGAGAUCGCUGUACCGUCAUGCGAGGACGCUUUGCUUUCCCAUUCGUUUGAUACUGUGAACGUCGAAGUAACGAGCGCUAGUAAUGAAGUGGAUGAAACCGAUAAUUGUGAUGAUAUCCAGAGGAAAUUGUUCGAAUAUAUCGAUAGCCACAGUGAGAGUUCAGAUGACACGGCCAUUUGUGAAGAUACGACUAGUACGAGAUUUAUAACCCCUUCGUCGAAUGUUCCCACUAAUGAAGAACAAACCUUAUAUGAUAGUUAUGAAUUGCAAUAUGACUCCUAUAUAGAUAUGGGGAAAUUUUGACUUCUGUGUAUAAGUACCAUGGUUCUUAAUUUUUAAUUCUGAAA